AGUGACCAUUUCGAGAGAUUUUUUAGUAAAAAACUUGAUAAAAAUGCGAAAAACUAAGAAACAAAAUUUAUUUGACGAGGAAUCCGAGGACGAGGAACAAAUUGAACUCAAAACGAACGAAAGUUACGCCAAAUCUUACAAUGAAUUUCGUAAAAAGGAGCUUUUAAGUCAUCUUAAAAAUGGAGAUUUAGAGGACGAAUCUUCGUCUUCUGAUGACCUCAGUACCGAUGAAGAAGUCGAAAAUCCCGAAUUUGACAAGGAAUUCUUCAAAACUCUCGCUUAUUUGAAAAGUAAGAACCCGGAAAAAUACUCUGAAAAGCCAAAAUUCUUCGAAAAAACCAAAACCGUCGAGGAAUUCCUCAAAGAAAAGCAGAAAAAGAAGGAAAAAGAAAAGCCCGUGACGAUUAAAGACUACAAAAGGGAACUUUUACUCAAGCACGGACCGGAUUUCGUCGAAGAAGAUGCAGAUCCAGAGGAAAAAGCACGAGCAGCGUCCCCUUCUUACGUUGAGGAGCAGGAAAAACUGCGACAGGAGCUCAAAAAAGCCUUGGAUGACUCCAGCGACGACGAAGAUGUCUUGCAAAAACGCGAUAAAACUCGCGAGGAAGAGGAAAAAGAGCAAAAUGACUAUUUAGCGUGGCUCGCAGGACAAAAAGAAAGUGUCCCCGAGGAAGAAGUGAAGGAAUUGAAGCCUUUGAAGGAAUAUUGGACGAGUAAUAACCUCACAAAAGACGACCAAUUCUUGAAAGAUUACAUUUUGAACAAGCGUUACUUGGAAAAUGCCGCCAUCCCGACGUACGACGAGAUUGUGGGCACUUUGGAGGAAGACGAAGAAGAGUUUGAGAAGCAAGAGGAGUUCGAACACAAGUACAAUUAUCGUUUUGAGGACCCCGAUAAGGAAUUUUUGAAGCGUUAUCCGCGAACGAUCCCCGAUUCAGUGCGAGCGGUCGACAACAAGCGCAAGGAAAAACGCAAAGAACGCCAGGAACGGAAGGAACAGGAAAAAUUGCAACGAAAAAAGGACCUGGACGAGUUAAAUAAGCUCCGGAAGCAAGAAUUAGAGGAAAAAUUGGAGCGUCUCAAGCAAGUAGCGCAAAAUGAGAAAUUUUCCCUCAACGAGGACGAGUUAGCGUCGGAUUUUGACCCGGAAGAGCACGAUCGACGCAUGCAAGCCGCUUUCGAUGACAAUUAUUACAUGAUCAACGAAGGCGAGCAAAAACCCGAGUUCCCGGAUUUGGAUCAAGAACUCGGAAUUGAGGACUGGGACAACUACGACGUCGAAAAAGAAGACGAGGAAGACCCCGAAAACGAUCCCGAAGCGCCUCAUUGUGAAGACGACGACUUUAUAAUGGACUGCGAUUACGACCCGGAGGCAGCAAAAGCGGAAAAAAGUAAAAUGUUGCAAGAAGAACUCAUCGAGAGCACCAGAUCCAAGAGGAAAAAGAAAAAGAGAACAUCAAAAUUGGCGGAAAUAAUUAAGACGAAAAAGCCCGUUUAUGAGCCGAACAGCGAUAAAACCUACGAGGAAUAUUUGGACGAGUACUACAAGCUGGACUACGAAGAUAUAAUUGGGGAUCAGCCGUGUCGGUUUAAAUACUCGGAAACGGUGCCGAAUGACUUUGGAUUGACAAUUGAGGAGAUUUUGAUGGCGUCGAAUAAGGAGCUGAAUCAGUGGGCGAGUUUGAAGAAAACGAUGCAGAAUUUGCCGAAACAUGUCGAGAUGAAUGAAUAUUACAAGUACAAGAAGCGGGCGCAGAAUGAGGCGUUGAAGAGGAAAAUCUUUAAAAGUAUCUAUGGAGCGGCAGAAGACGAACAACUAGACGAAAACAUCCAAAAAGAAGUCAAAGAACCCUCACCUGAACCUGGCGAAAAACCUGUCGAGUCCAAAAAACGCAAGAAACGUAAAAAGCAAGCAAGUAACGUUGAUCCAAAAGUAUCCAACGAAGCCCCAAAACAACCCGAAACAGCUCCAGAGCAUGAAAAACCAUCAGAAGAGUCAAAAGUUCCUUCAGAGAACCCGAAAAAGAGAAAGUUAGAACCUGAAACUGACCAAAAAACACCCGAAACGAAGAAAAACAAAAAGAAAAAGCAAAAAACUGAGUCUACGAGUCCUGUUGCUCCUAAAAAUAAUCCUCCUAAAGUAGUUAAAGACGAGAAAAAGACGAAAAAAUCACCCGGAAAAGCCACGAAAAAAUUCUCAAAGGAUCAAAAACAGAAGAAACCACAAUUUAAGCUUGUGAAAUCAUCAGAACCGUUAUCAGACCUCAGCGAGAACCGACUUCGAGCUUUUGGAAUAAAUCCAAAACGAUUCUACAACAAAUUGAAGUACGGACCAAACAGUCAAAACAACAAAAAUAACGCCAAAAAGGCAGAAAAUGGCAAAAAACCGAAAAAUUUUAACAAAAACAACAAAAAUAAAGCUGCAAAAGCCUCAAAUUAAUUUUUGUACAUAAAAAAAUAGAAAUUUUUACAAAUAAACUGUUACAAUAUUUUA